AUGAGCAAUUCUGACUUCCAGCAAGUAACUGAAACCGCUACCAAGCCCACUCAGGCUAAUCCAUAUGGCCCUAAUCCUGCAGACUAUCUAUCUAACGUCAACAGCUUCCAGCUGAUAGACUCUACGCUGCGGGAAGGUGAGCAAUUUGCUAACGCAUUCUUUGACACCGAAAAGAAAAUUGAGAUUGCCAAAGCGCUGGAUGAUUUUGGUGUUGACUACAUCGAACUUACCUCGCCUGUGGCUUCAGAGCAGAGUCGUAGCGAUUGUGAAGCGAUCUGCAAGUUAGGAUUGAAAGCUAAGAUAUUAACCCAUAUCCGCUGUCAUAUGGACGAUGCAAAGGUUGCUGUCGAAACUGGUGUGGAUGGUGUGGACGUGGUUAUUGGUACCUCUAAAUUCCUAAGGCAAUACUCUCACGGCAAGGACAUGAACUACAUUGCUAAGAGUGCUAUUGAGGUGAUCGAGUUUGUCAAGUCCAAGGGUAUUGAGAUCAGAUUUUCGUCUGAGGACUCUUUUAGAUCAGACCUUGUUGACUUGCUAAACAUUUACAAGACCGUGGACAAGAUCGGUGUCAAUAGAGUAGGUAUUGCUGACACUGUGGGUUGUGCCAACCCUAGACAGGUAUACGAGCUUAUGAGAACCUUGAAAACAGUGGUAUCUUGCGAUGUGGAGUGCCAUUUCCACAAUGACACUGGCUGCGCUAUCGCUAACGCCUACACGGCUUUGGAAGGUGGUGCCAAGCUUAUCGAUGUUGCAGUGUUAGGUAUCGGUGAGAGAAAUGGUAUUACACCACUGGGUGGACUGAUGGCCAGAAUGAUUGUUGCUGCCCCAGAAUACGUCAAGUCCAAAUACAAGCUGCAUAAGAUCCGUGACAUCGAAAAUCUUGUGGCAGAGGCCGUCGAGGUUAACAUCCCAUUCAACAAUCCAAUCACCGGGUUUUGUGCUUUCACUCACAAGGCUGGUAUUCACGCUAAGGCUAUAUUAGCCAACCCAUCCACUUACGAAAUUCUGAACCCUCAUGAUUUCGGUUUGAAGAGAUACAUUCAUUUUGCCAACAGACUGACCGGGUGGAACGCCAUCAAAUCGAGAGUUGACCAACUGAAUCUCUGUAUGACUGACGACCAAAUCAAGGAUGUCACCAUCAAAAUCAAGAAAUUGGGUGACAUUAGACCACUAAAUAUUGACGAUGUGGAUUCUAUCAUUAAAGAUUUCCACACUGAAGUUACCACACCUCUAUUGAAGGGAUUGAAGGACGGCAAGGACGAAGACGUCAAUGCCAUCGAUAUCGAGGAACCUGUUUCCAAAAAGUCCAAGACUGCCUAA